UCAGGUUUCUGGGUCAGUUCUGGUAACACCACUGCCCGGCACUUUGUUCAGGUUCAGUCUGGGUGACUGCAACUGUGAAGCACUGGGCCAGAACAGUAGUACACACCCCUUGCUCGAGCCUAAAAUCUGUGUGUAUACGUGAGCUAGAGACAAACAGACACAGAUCUGCAUCUCCAUGCUCUCUACGUCUCCAGUGUUUUGAGCUCAAUCGGAAGGAGACAACUGAAGCCACAGGACACGAGACAAGCCUGCUGUCUGAUAGAAAAUGGGGAUGCUCUGUGUACACACUUUCUUCUUAAUAGGAAUAGCACUGACCUUUACACCCUCGUGUGACACAUUCAAGCCCACUCAGAGGCCAAAGUACCAGUACACCAAGAAACCCCCUAGAGAGGUGGUCCAAACUACUGUAUAUGCAGCCAAGCCUACAGUCACAGCACGGAUUGUGGACCACACCAAACCAAGAGAGCGCUUCCCUGCAUACAUCACAGAGAGCACAACAGUUCCUGCAGACAGCUAUAUAGACUACCCUACAGACACCACUGUAUCUCCCACUGCAGCGAAAGACAAUUACACGCUAGACUAUAAUGAAUGCUACUUCAACUUCUGUGAGUGCUGCCCUCCAGAGAAAGGCCCACAAGGGUUCAAGGGAGACAUAGGACUUCCAGGCACACCUGGGGAAAAGGGAACACCUGGACCUAAAGGUCUACCAGGUCAAAUAGGGCCAAAGGGCAUUUCAGGAUCUAAAGGGGAUAAAGGAGAGAAAGGUGAUCAAGGAAACAUAGGACUCACAGGAUCUCCAGGCAACCAGGGAAAGGCUGGAAUGAAAGGUGAGAUGGGUAUUAAAGGUGAGAAGGGUGCAGCUGGACUGACAGGAUUCAAAGGUUCUAAAGGGGAAAAAGGAGAUCCAAAUCUGAAUGUGUCAAAGGGUGAUCAGGGAGAUCCAGGCAAAGAUGGACCACCAGGACCCCAAGGCUUGACUGGUGAAAAGGGUGAAAAAGGGGAUAGAGGAGAGUGCGGGUUACUUGGUGACAGGGGCCAGAAAGGUGAGCAAGGUGACCCUGGACCACCAGGUGUGCGUGGAGACCCUGGUCCAUCUGGGCAACAUGGCAUGCACGGAACUCCAGGCAUUGCCGGAGAACGUGGAGAACCAGGAAUUCCUGGAGCAAAGGGAGAGCCAGGAGCACGUGGGCCAACAGGAACCAAAGGUAUAAGAGGUCUAAGGGGAAUAAAGGGUGACCGCGGCCCCCAAGGGAAACGUGGAGACAGAGGCCUACAGGGAAUGAAGGGUGCUAUGGGUCAAAGUGAAUCGAGAGUACGUUCUGCUUUCAGCGUUGGCCUAUAUCCCAGCAAGUCUUUUCCUCCUUCGGGAUUUCCAGUUCGCUUCGACAAGAUCUUCUACAACGGAGAAAACCAUUAUGACAUUGUCACAAGCAAAUUCAACUGCACCUACUCAGGAGUUUAUGUGUUCUCCUACCAGAUCACGGUGAGAAACAAGCCACUUCGUGCUUCUUUGGUGGUGAAUGGCGUGCGUAAGGUACGUUCGAGGGACACUCUACAAGGUCAAGACAUUGACCAGGCAUCCAAUCUAGUGAUCCUGAAGCUAGAUGUCGGAGACCAGGUAUGGGUAGAGACGCUAAGAGACUGGAAUGGUGUCUACUCUAGCAGCGAGGAUGACAGUACCUUCUCUGGGUUCUUGCUCUUCCCUGACUAACGCCCUCUCCAUGUAUAAACCAGGGCUAGACCUUGAACUGAACAUUACAUGAUAUGGACAUGGGAGGAAUUAGAUUUAGCGUUGUUACCAUAGAGAGAAAGAAGUGUACUGUUUAAAUGAGCAUCAGCCAACACUAUUGAUUCCAUUGUGUUAACCACGCCAGAAAGGC